UGUGCCCCGGUGGAUGAGAGAGGCUCGAGACAUCGGAGAGAAGUGGACAAACCUAACGGCUGCGGGAUACUGGAUAUUUUCUCCCGGUGAAUUAAUCAUUGCUACUCGUUUCUGCGUUGAUUUAGAGUCUUAAAUUAGAGUUAAGAAGCAUUUUUUCGACGGAAUACCGUUUUACACCGGUGAAAGAUGACCUGACAGUCGAAACUAGCUCUACCUCCUCGGACUGUAGCGAUGUUUAAACCUGUACGUGCGUAGUUUCCCACCACCGCCACCGCCACCAUUCCUCUGUCACCGUGGACUUAUCAGUUUGUUUCGCUUUUGCUGUUAAGGAACAUUUCUGAAACGAAAUGACGGAAAUCAGCGAGAAGGAGAAUGAGCCACAAAACCGGGACCUUCACCGGCCACAGGCUACCGUGCCCAGCCAGCCUGAGUCAAAGUUACAGCGGUUGAAGCGCUCCCUGUCCUUCAAAUCAGUCAUGCGCAGCAAGAGCAUGGACAACUUUUUCCAGCGUAAUAACGGCGAAUCCCGCCACCCCUCGGCCCUCAUCACCACACCUCCACCCCAGCUGUCUCCUUCCCCCAUCCCUGAGUCCCCUCUGGCCUAUGAUCGCUCUCCGUCCCACUCCCCGUCCACCAGUCCCAACCCCUCAUUGUCUUCACACUCACCUGCAGUCAGCCCCUCUCUGUCUGUGACCUCCAAAAGCCAGCAAAAGUCUCAGGCCCAGCCGCUCAAGACCCACUGUUUCCAGGAGCACGUCUUCCGUCGGCCUACCAGCUGCCAGCGAUGCAAACACAUGAUCCAAGGGAACUCCAAGCAGGGGCUGCGUUGUAAAGCCUGUAAGCUGGCGGCCCACCUCUGGUGCUCGUCGGAGCUCUCCCAGCAGCCCUGUAACGGCAAGACGGGCGCUUUCAAGAGAAACUUCAGCUCUCCUCUGUUAACCACUGAUACGCUGGGUGUGGUCAGAGAGGCUCCUGCUGCUCAGGAGGCAGAUAAUGGCAUUCUUGACCCUGUGUAUGAGGCACUGCGCUAUGGGACGUCGCUGGCUCAGAUGAGUCGCUCCAGCUUCAGCAGUAUCUCAGAGUCACCCUGUCAUGAGGAGGAAAAACUGCAAGACAAACUGGAAAACCAGCCAAUAGCUGAAGAGGAGCACAUCCCAGGAAUGCUCACCCCUCCUGAAAGCGAGAAGGCUGAUUCAGAAGACAGGGUCAGCCUGAAGACUCCUAAGAAAGUCGAGGUCCACUCCAUCCACACCUACGUGGCUCUCUACAAGUUUCUGCCUCAAGAGAAGAACGACUUGGAGCUACAGCCUGGCGACAGAGUUCAAGUCACAGAUGACUCCAACGAGGACUGGUGGAAGGGGAAAAGCAGAGACAAGGUGGGAUUGUUCCCGGCCAACUUUGUGCAGCGGGUCCGCCCUGGCGAGCGGGUGUGGAAGGUCACCGGUGGUUUCCACGGCAACCGAGACAAAGGCCAGAUGACUGUGAAAGAGGCCCAGAUCUGUGUGGGGAAGAACGAGGAGGUUGACGGUUUCCUCCGGCUGAGCAGCGGGAAAAAGCGGGGCUUGGUCCCUGUGAAGUAUCUGCUCGAAAUAUGAUGGCAGCGCUCUCGUCCUUGACCCUCAGUGUGACAGAGAAGUUCACUAUGACGGAGGAAUACUCAGGAGUGUUUACCUGACACCUCACUGACUGCCAACCACCCACCUCCACCCCUCCAAAAAGUGGCAGUGAAUUAGCAGCUUGAGUGGACCACAACCCACAACUUUGCUUUUUUACUGCAGAGGCUUUUAAGACUAAAAGGAGGCGGCGGCGGUGGUGGUGGGGGCUCCUUCAGAGUUCUUUAGAGCUACUUUUCUUGUAGCACAACUUAACUCUGUGUGCUUUUAAACACACUCAUAACCGAAAUGUAGCAUCAUGUUGAAGAGGGGAUCGUGUGCAGGAAGUCUGGCUACCUCACUAGCCGUUUCCAUUGGUCAUCCAAAAAAUGGGAGAGCACUAUGUCACUAUGAUGUCAAGGCGUGUCCGAGCCUUGUGAGUCUUCAUUUAACUGUUUGUGUAGAAAAACGAGACGUAAGAGAUCGUGAAAGAUUGUAGCUGUUUGUUGUAGUAGCUUGUUUCAAACCUCCAAACAGAUUUGGUUUAGUAGAUUCAACGGAGGGUAUGAUGAUCCAGUUUUGUAUGUGCAGACUUUCAGCUCAUAACAUGCACAUCUGCUGUUUUGUUAUGGAUUCAUAAUGUGCGUAUGUGUCUCUCCUGCUCCAACUAGAAAAUGAUUCAGGUAUUACAUUGUUUGUAAUUUAAAAAACAAAUGCUGUGUCUCGAAUCGGAUACUACCAGUUGUACACUCACAUGCUGUACACUGUGUACUAUGUGCUUGUGUAGUGCGUGAAUUUUGACAGGGUAGUGAUGUCUAAAACAAACAGCUGUUGCACACUUACCAGAAAUGACGGUCAAAAGAUUUGACAACUCUUCUGUAUGUGGAACAUUAUCCCCAACAUUUAAUAAGUCACUCGCUAAAAUAUAUGCUCGCUAUAUCUGCUUGUUUGCUUGCUUGUCUUCUUCUGUAUUUAUUUAUUUAUUAUAUUAGAAAUAACGUGCGUUUUAAAUGUCUGUGGCUGAUACUGGCUGGCUCUAUCACCAGCUGAUCUCAGAGUCAAUGACAGCCGCUGCAAAAAUUUACAACCUGUCAAGCAUUUGACCACAGAUCUAAUAUUAAAAACUUUUACAGUGAAGACAACAAUUCAAAUGUACAAACACCAAACUUCACUUACACUCAAAUACAGUCCCUCCAGGAUGUUGUGAUCUCAGCAAUUAACUCAAAGUCAGCCAGUUCAAUUUUGUCCAUUUACCGCAACAUUACCACAGAUUUGACAAUUUAAAAUGGGUAAAAUCUCAUUUAAUUGUAGAGCUGCAUGCGGUGUACUGAUUGACUCAGCUCCUCUCUUUCUCUGUCAGUCAUGAAACUAUCUGCUGUGGAGCUGGAACUCUGUACCCGGGAUAGAGUCACACACACACACACAGUAACACACCGAACUGUUAGUAUUACAUGGCAGGUUUAACAACAGAGAUGCACUGUGUCAGUGUCAGGUGAGAUCCACAGCUGGGUGUCGGAUGUUAACUGCUGCUGUUGGGCUUCAGCCCAAGCAGCAAAAUGUGAUGAGUAAGAAUGAGAUCACGUUAUACUCAUUAAUUGUAUGUAAAGAUGGACGACACAUGUCCACACAUGUCCCCCACUGCACAAAAAUUAAACCAAAAUAUCCUGGGUACGACCGCUGCGAUCUUGCACUGGUGAUGUCAUUUAGAGCUAGGGUCUGUGCAGUAGCGAUCUCUGCGACAUCGAGUUCCUGCCUAACCACCCGUCCAAACAAUUGCGAGCAGUGCCGGAACACUCCAAAUGAUGUUGAACCUAAUUUUUAUAGCGUCAAAUAAAUAUUUAAAACUAAACUAACCCGAAAAGUUAACACUUGAACAUACAGAAAUAUGAUAAGAACUAUCUAAAAUGACAGUAACCAUCUUUGGUAAAAAUUUACUUUGAGUUUCAAGCAUAGCUCACGUCCCAUCCGCUAACAGGGAGGUGGUGCGCUUUAUGACCAGUACUGCAACCAGCCACCAGGGGGCGAUCGGGAUAUUUUGGCUUCACUUUUGAGGAGUUGUCAUGUCAUCUAUCUUGUUUAUACAGUCUAUGGUUACACUGUGUUAACUCAUGCUAGCAGAGAAAGCAGGAGGAGAGUGCUUACCUGUUAGCUAGCUGGCAAGCUAACGAUAGCAUUCGCACUAUUGUUUGCAGUACCAAAUUAUUACAGAAUUAUCCUGAUAAUAAACUAAUGGAUUAUACCCGACAACAGUGUAGCUGUAGUGAAAUAUUCAUAUGUAUAUUUGUACAUUGCUUUGCCAUUUGUUGGACAUUUCACAAGUUUGAUAUGUGUUUGAGGGUGAGAAGUGUCCAGCCUUCCACACUCAACAAUCUGACCAUAUUGAGUGCACUAUCCGGGUACUCAUAGUGCUCUGCAUUUUGCUGGACUUCUCAGUGUAAACGCACCAAUGCACUCACAUUAGUAAGUACAGAAGUAUCUGAUUUGAGACACAGUAACCGUCUUCUCUGCUACAUCCUGGUCAAAUGAAAGUCAUAACACACACACUGGGAAUUUUUUUGUAUUUCAAACUGCUCUCCAGUGAUUAGAUUACUGUACAUUUGUGCUCUUCACAGCUCUGAUGUGACAAAUGCUUUGCGUGCACCUUUGGGAGCAUUUUUUUCCUCAGUAUGCCCUUCAGUGACACUCUUGCUACACACACACUAACACACAGAGAUUUUUGUAGUUUGUUCUGUCCCAUGUAACUCUGACAUCACCCCUCUUGAAUCUGCUUCCUGUCAUUAUAUUGUCAGCGUUGUUUAUCUGUAUGUGAAGUCCUGUAAUAUUCGCUGUCAUAUUCGGUCGUGUCAAAAUUUCUGAGCAAAGACAUACUGUAAGUCAGGAUGAUGGAUAAAAAACCAAACUCAGUGUUGUUUGUCAAAGAAAAGAACGUUCAGUCUCUCAUGUUCCAAACGUCACCUGUCAAAGAUGUGCUGAAUUUUUGAUGAACGUCUAAUGUUUCUCUCAGCACACAUGAUUACUUUUAAGUAACUCUGAGGGACUGUUUCUGUGUUGGGUUUUUUUGAGGUGAUAAAAGGCAAAAUCAGUGCACACUAUUUGAUUCACUGCUCUGUCAUAAACCAGAAGGCAGUGACAAACUGUCUUUGUUGCGGCAAUAACUGUAAAUAAAACUAUGACAGUAUUUGUAAAUAGCCUUAUAAAGAUACUGUAUAUAUUGGCUCUGAGUAGCGCUCUGACCGGGAGGUUUGCAGCUAUCCAGGAGUCAACUAAGGGCAUUAAUCUCACAGUUAUAAAUUACAGGAGAUCAUUAUUUAUCGUCUCACUUACAGUACCAAUGUAUGCAUCUCUUUGCUCAAUUAACAUCUAGCCCUGUCAGCACAAAUCUCUUCAAAUACUAUGCACAACAGUUCUAGUCACUCACUUUAUUUUGUACUCAGCUUAUUUCCAGCGUAGCCACACACACAUACACACACACACACACACACACACACACACACACGUGUCUGUAUAAUAUAUCUGUGCUUUUGCAAAGAUUGAAAUUUGGACUCCAGCUUUUUACACAGUGUCCAUCUCAGAUCAAUCUGCACCAUGCUAAUCUUAAACAUUACCGUCACUGGCUAGAACCAAGAUUGGCUCAGGAUCAGUAUUACCCAGGUGAACUCUCUUUCUCACCGUAAUGCACACUACCAGGCUAGUUCUCUGCAUGGCUAGCUGCCCCUGGA